GGACGGGUGUACUUGAGACAUAAAGAAUUUCAUUUUUAGGCUAAUCGAGAAAAAUGGUGAAUUACAUGCUGAUGAUCACCGCCGACCUCGAGAACCUCACCGAUCUUCAGCCUCAAGAAGGCUGCGAUGAUCCAAACUUCACCUACUACUUCAAGAUGAGGUGUGGAAAUUGUGGAGAGUUGACACAGAAAGAGACAUGUGUGAGUUUGAAUGAAACAGUUGCACUGCCGAAGGGUACCACUAACCUUGUUCAGAAGUGCAAAUUUUGCGGGAGGGAGGGGACUAUAACAAUGAUUACUGGCCGUGGCCGUCCACUGACCCAGGCAAUUAGUGAAUCGGGAAAGUAUUCUCCUUUGAUGUUGUUUGACUGCAGGGGGUAUGAGCCUGUAGAAUUUUCAUUUGGCAGUAGCUGGAAAGUUGAAUCACUGGAAGGUACUACAUUUGAUGGCAUUGACUUGUCUGGAGACGAAUUCGCUGAAUAUGAUGAGAAGGGAGAGUGCCCAGUCAUGAUAUCCAACCUUCGCUAUAUGUUCCACGUGGUGAAGUAGGUGGCAAAUCUGUGUUCAUUUUCACUGGUAUAUAAAAUAGUGAACGGGUACAGAUUUCUUAUGCUGUAGAAAAAUUUGACUGCACGGAAAAUCUGUGACUUAAUGCUUGUUCAACUGACAGUUAUCUCCUAGAUAUAUUAGUAACUACUAUAAGUGGACAAACGAAAUGCAUUCCAUAGAUUGUGAUCUUUAGUAUCUUGUAAUAUUCGUUUUUCAUCUGCACAAUGAUGACCGAGACACAGAAUGAAUGAUGAUGAUAUGAAACGGAAAAAUUAUGACUUA